AUGUACCUUGCUCUGAAUUCUUUUGAAUGUAUUCCAGAAGAAGACAGCUCAGUAACAUUUAACAAUACUUCAGCCUUUUACUGUGAUGUUGAAGAUUUGCUUAUUCAAGAACAGGACUAUCUUGUUGCUAAGCUUUAUAGUAACCCAGCAUUGCCUAGCAGGGAUGCCAGACUCAGACAAGAAAUUGAUAAAAUGUUUGAGUUAGUUAUGAACCCUUUCUCUCAUUUACAAACUGAGUACAAACGUUUGAAAUAUUUUGAAGACAGUGGAGAGUACAUUGCACCUGUUUCUUAUGAGAUUUUUAGUAGGGAGGAGCGGGUUAAGACCAAAGGUGGAGUAAUAUUGCAGAUGAGGCAAGUUACUGGAGAAUUUAUUCCUUUACGCCAAGAUUGUCUUUUCAAUCUCGUUCAAUGUGAGGUUUGGAAAAGGAAAGUAGCUAGGUUUGACAAAGAUGCUAUUGUGAUAUCUCUUAAUGUAUACUAUGACGAGGUUGAACCCAAUGAUGGUUUGGGCCCUCACUGUGAGCCCUUAGGGUGCACCUAUGUACAAAUAGCAACACUGCCACCAGAGUGGAAUUCUCGCUUGGAGAAUAUAUUUAUAGCCUUGAUUUUUAAUGCUGAUGAUCGAACUGUGUAUGGUAAUUACAGAGCUUUCAAGCCCUUUAUUAAGGAACUUAAAUAUCUGGAGAAAGAAGGCAUUAUGGUAAACACUAAGGAGAAGGGGCCAGUCAAGGUGUUGAUUGUCCUCGCCCUGAUUCUUGGAGACAAUAAAGCAUUGAAUGGAAUUUGUGGCUUCAUGGAAGGGUUCACUGCCACUUAUUUUUGUCGUAUUUGCUCUGUAACCAAAGAGGUUUCUGAAACCAUGUUAGAGGAAGAUGUUACUCUGUUGCGAACUGCUGAGAGUUAUCUUGCUGAUGUAGAGAAGAAAGCUCCUAAGGAAACUGGGGUCAAAGAAAAGUGUAUUUUCAACAAGAUUCCUUCCUUUGAGACUCCAUCUGAUAUUGCUGUUGACGAGUUUCAUGACCUGAUUGAGGGGGUAGCCCACUAUUCUAUGGUUCCUAUCCUUAUUCAUUUUCAUCGUUUGAAUAGUUUGUUUAUUCCUACUUUAAAUAGUAGACUUUAUGCUCUUGACUUAGGAAUUGAUGAUGACAAUAGACCUUCAGGUACAAAUAUGGACAGAUUGUUAAAGGACCCUCAUAAGGAGAAAAAAUUGAAAAUGACAGUUUCUGAGAUGUACACUAUUAUAAGAGUGUUUGGAGUCGUUCUUGUUAAAGAUAUGGUGCCUGAUAAAGAUCAUUUUUAUUCUUUGUAUCUUCGUCUUCAUGAUAUUAUGUCCAUUAUUCAUGCUAAGCAUGCAGCUUGUGAUGCGGGAGUUCUUCUUUCACUAGCUGUUAAAGAGCAUAAUCAACAGUAUAUGGAGGUGACCGAAAAAAAGCUUAAGCCUAAACACCAUCUCUUAGAACACUACGGUGGUUGUUUGACUAAAAUUGGACCUUUUGGUUGUCUUUCUACCAUUCGCCAGGAAGCUAAGCAUCGGCUUGUGAGUGAGACUGCUAACACCUGUAUGUCACGUGUGAAUUUGCCCAAAACUGUAGCUAUCAAACAACAGUUAGGAUUCUGCUUCAGGUGUGUGUCAAAUGGUUCAAUUCGUCAACCUUUAACUUCAGGUCCUAGCCAUGCUGUUGAUUUGUCUACGUUAGAGUCGUACUCCUCUUUUAGUCUGUCAUUGCCAAGGAAUAAUGUAGAAGACCCUAACCAAGUUGUUGUCAAUUGGAUAGAGUACAAGGGUACCAAAUAUGCGCCAAAGCAAAUACUUUUGAUUGAUACUGAUGAUGAAGGCCUUUUUCAGUUUGGUGAAAUUCAACUAAUUUUAGUUCAUGAUGCCCAACCUUUCUUUAUUUGUUCACGUAUUGAAACACUUGGCUUCUUUAGCGAGGUAAGGGGCUACGAAGUUCUGAGAAAUUUAACUGAUCGAAAUUGGCUUGCUAUUGGGCAUGGAAAUUUGCUGGACUAUCGCCCCUUGUGUAUAUAUCCAAUGCCAACAGGCGAACAGAUUAUUGUCCUCCGUGACCUUUUGUGA